AUGUCGGCAACCGACGAGAAACAUCCGACUUCGAGCGAGGUCACCGCUCAUCAACAACAAUCCUCAUCACCAUCAUCGCCAUCAACCUCGCCGUCAACCGAAGAAGAGAAACCACCACCACCACCACCAUCAAGAUGGCACCGCCUCUACAACACAAUCUACUGGGUCCCGCCCAACUGCCGCUGGAACCCCUCCUCCCCACCGCAAUUCUCCAUGGCGCACAACGUAAUGUUCGGCUUCGCAGGGGCCUUCACGGUCGCGAACCUCUACUACAACCACCCAAUCCUGAACAUUCUGGCUGAAGAUUUCGGCGUGGAUUAUGUCGAGGUGUCGCAGAUCCCGACGCUCGCCCAGGCGGGGUAUGCGACGGGCUUGUUGCUGCUGUGUCCCCUGGGGGAUUUGCUCAAGCGGAGGCCGUUUGUGUUGACGUUGGUUUUCUUUACGGCGACGAUGUGUAUUGGGCUUUGCGUGACGAAUAGUGUGUCGGUUUUUUGUGCGAUUCAGUAUAUCACGGCUGUUACGACGGUCACGCCGCAGUUGAUGAUGCCUCUCGUGGGAGAUCUGGCGCCCCCGAAGAAGAGAGCGGCGGCUCUGUCGAUCGUCACGAGUGGUUUGAUGCUGGGGAUCCUUCUUGCUCGACUGCUCUCUGGUGUGGUAACGCAGUACACUUCUUGGAGAACGAUCUACUGGAUGUCCGUCGGCCUACAAUACCUCAUCUUCAUCCUGCUCUGGCUCUUCAUGCCUGAUUAUCCAUCGGUCAAUCCUGGCGGGCUUAAUUACUUCAAGAUGCUCUGGUCGAUCGUCGUGAUGAUGACCAAGCAUCCGGUCUUGGUGCAGGCUUGUCUGGUGUCGUUCUUCGUGUCGUCGACGUUUACGAACUUCUGGACGACGUUGACGUUUCUUCUAGCGGGCGAGCCUUACAAUUAUACCCCACUUGUGAUUGGGUUGUUCGCUCUGAUUGGGAUAGCGAGUAUGUGUUGUGGACCUUUCUACGCCAAGUACGUUACGGAUCGAUUCGUGCCGCUGUUCACGGUGAUUUUGGGAAUGAUCUGGUGCGAGCUUGGAGUCUGCAUUGGAACGUAUACUGGCACGUUCACCGUGGCGGGGCCGGUCAUCCAGGCCAUCUUCAACGACUUUGGGAUGCAGACUUCGCAGAUUGCGAAUCGAUCUGCGAUCUUUACCGUGGAGCCAAAGGGUCGGAAUCGGGUUAAUACUGCCUUCAUGAUCUUCACGUUUGCGGGACAAUUGACUGGAACAUCGGUGGGUGCGCGUUUGUACACCCAAAGCGGAUGGAUCGCGAGUGGAAGCUACAGUGUGGGUGCCAUAGGAGUAGCAGCACUCAUAACCCUCGCCCGGGGACCAUGGGAAGAAGGCUGGAUAGGCUGGCACGGAGGCUGGAGCAUUCUCAAGAAGAGCCGAGACAGCGCAGACGGAAAGAUUGAGGACAAGCCGGCGUACGGAGCGACAGAACCAUCGACAGAACAGAACGACAUCGAGAAAGGAGCGCAUCAUGAUAUGCACGAACAUCAUCACGGACAUGACGAUCAGGAGGCGGUGAACAGGACGACGGCUGAAAAGAGUUUAGAAAUGAGAGCUGCGGAAGACACGACAGAUCAGAUUGACGAUGAGAAGGAUUCGACCAAGUCGGUCGUUAGGGACGAGAUUUCGCCUGUUGUUGGGAAGGAGGUGAGAUGA